AUGAGCAAAAAACUAGCCUCCCAGUCCUCAGCAAAAUCAAGAUCCCAAAUCUCCACUCCUUUAGCUCAGCGUAGCGGCUUCAACUCGCGCACAUCUUUACGCCCAGAAACCCCAGAAAUCCACUCAGAAGAACAAAUCGAAAAUUUAAAUGAAGCUCUCAAAGAAACCCAAGUAAAAGAAGCCUUCAACAGACAAAAACUUUUUCAAGUCAAGCGUGAAAACGAAGUUUUAAAAGAAGAAGUCGACAAACUUUUAGCUUAUAAAAAAAAACUAGAAAAAGCCAAAGAGCUGAACCAAAAAUUCUUCGCAAAAAAUGAGCAGGAAAUGCUAGCACUCAGAAAAAACGCAGAAGAAGCGCCUGUAUCUAAUGAUUACCACCAUUUAAAAGAGACCCUGGAAAGCUUGAAAAAGAAAGCCAAAGAUCUGCAGCAGAAACACCAAGAAGAAUUAAACUCGUAUAUACAGUCCCAGCCUAAAAUCCAGUCGAUUUUACAGACAAGUGACCCAAGUAUUGCAAAAUUAUUAGAAUUAUUGAAAGGGCAGAUUAUUAUUUACCAAGAACAGCUGUCUCAUAAAGAAAAAGCUUACUCAAGCAUGCAGAGCAGGUUUCAAAGAGAAGCGGAAAGCUUAAAUGAGCAGUGCAAAGCGAUGAAAAAAGAAAUAAACGACCAUUUUCAGCAGAGGAAAAAUGAUAUGAAACAAAUUUAUGCACAGGAAAGAAAAUUAGCGUAUUUAGAAGCAGAUAUCCAUUUAGAUGAAAAUAUAUAUAGUGCAAAAGAAGUCGCCCAUAAUGCUGCAGAACAGGUUUUAGACCAUAUUCAGCAAGCUGAUACUUCGCAAACGUUGAAUUCUUUUACGUCAAAGCUAAAACGAAAACUUAAGCCGACUUCUAAGACAAUAAACCUUUAA